CAACCCCUUCUCCACUUGGCGAACAACACAACCAGCACUUUGCCAGUGUGCCCUGAGACAGACCACCCCGUUGGACACAUCAGGAGCUUUCGCAUCAUCUUGGACUUCAGCAAAGGGAUUUCCUCCCAGUUGGUUUGGUUUUUUUUUUUCUUCUCGAUCCCUUCACAUUCACCGCGGUUGGGAUUCCAGGCCGCUGUGAAUGCCGAAGUCGACGGCAGGAGGAGGCGACGUGGUGACCAUGUGGAUCCCGACCCCCAGCAUGACCCUCCCGCAGCGCUUGGUGCUCUACGGGACGUGCGCCGUGGCGUUGUUGAACUCCGUGGGCCUCCUGGUGCUGGUGGCGCAGCAGAACCAGCAGCGCGCCCUGCUGGAGCGGACGGAGACCAAGCUGACGGAGGUGGAGCGGAGCUCGGUGGUGGAGUUCCUCCAGGAGGUGCCCAGAGGGGCGGCGGGGCUGAGGGCGAGCGCCGGGGAGCACCAGAAAAACCAGUACCAAUACCAGUACUCCAGGAAUAAGAGAAGCGGCGCGCUGGAGAAGGAGGUGGAGGAGCCUCAGCGGGAGGAGGCGCAGGAGGUCAGUCUGCAGGAGGCCAGUCAGGAGGUGGGGGAGGAAGCAGAGAGGAAGGCGACCGACGAGAUGAAGCACAAGCACCAGCGCGGGCAGAGCUACCACAAGGCACAGGUGCAGGACGACGUGAUGAUGAUGAUGACUUACUCCAUGGUCCCGAUCAAAUUGUUGAUUGACAUCUGCAACAGCACCAGGGGAGUCUGCAUCGCCGGACCUCCGGGGCCGCCUGGAUUACCCGGUUUGGACGGCCUUCCCGGCCACAAUGGGAGUGAUGGCAUUCCCGGACUGAAUGGGCUCCCGGGGGCCGAUGGGAAAAGAGGGAAGAAAGGGGAGAAAGGAGAGCCGGGUGAAAAGGGAGAGCGUGGAGAGGCCGGCCUGCAAGGAGAGACGGGACAACCGUCCAAUGACGUCAUAGUCGAGGGUCCUCCUGGGCCGCCAGGUCCCCCCGGACCCCCCGGCCCUCCUGGCCCUCAGGGGCCUUCCAGAACAAGGCACCACAGAGCCAACCUUCAGGCUGCUCACACUCUGGGACUUUUACAAGCAAAUCCAAACGACGAAACCUCCUCCGUGAAACGCCACCAGCAGCCCGCCAGGAGCCACGAGUGCCUGAUCAAGUCUCUGAUCAACCCCAGGAACGUGACCAAGAUGGAGAACACGUUCGGCGCGUGGAUGAGGGACAGCGCCCGGCCGAACGACGAGAGGGUUUGGGUGGCGGAGCACUUUUCCGGUCGCGUGGUGAAGGAGUAUCAGAGCGCCGCCUCCUUCCAGAACGGCAGCGGCAGCGCCGUGGACCUCAGGAAGUUCUACCAAGGCUGCGGCCACGCCGUUCACAACGGCUCCCUCUACUACCACAUCGCCGGCACCUCCAGCAUCGCCAGAUUCGACCUCCUCACCAGGAGGCUCCACGCGCUCACCGUGGACAACGCGCUGCACCACAACCUGGCCUACCUCCUGCACAACUCCAAGACCUACUUCAAGGUGGCGGCGGACGAGAACGGCCUGUGGCUGAUCUUCGCCUCCAGCGUGGACGAGAGCGUUACGGUGGCCCGGCUGGACCAGGGGACCUUCUCGGUGGCGUCCUACAUCAACACCACGUACCCGCGCGCCAAGGCCGGCAACGCCUUCAUCGCCUGCGGGGUCCUGUACGUCACCGACGCCAAGGACGCCAGGGUCACCUUCGCCUUCGACCUGCUGAGGGGGAAGCCGGUGAACGUGACCUUCGACCUGAGGCCCGCCGGCGGCGUUCUGGCGAUGCUGUCCUACAGCCCGGAGGACAGGCACCUGUACGCGUGGGACAGCGGCUACGUCAGGCUCCAAGUGGUGCACUUCACCUCCGACGAGUGACGGAUGGGGGUGGCGCCUCUGGGAACUCGUCAUAUUUACAUUUUUUAGGGGAGGUACACACUAGUCCGAACUUCCUGUAGAGCAUCCCGUCACAAACCCGGUUGUUUUUUUUUUUUGGUCAAAUAAUUGUUGUCAAACUGUUUAAAGAUAAAUACUGCUGUAUUUAUAUUCUAUUGUACAUGGGAGAUUUUGGAUUUACUAACAGCGUGUACACUUUUUAUAAUUUUGUAUCAAACUAUUUAAUUUAUAUUGAACAUCUAACUCCACUUUGACCGUCUGUAUUGUUAGCUCUUAGUGUAUUUGCAUGAUAUAUUUGAUGUAUUUUCUUAUUCCGUACAUAUUGACAAUCCAUCAGCAUGAUAUCGGCUGGUCGCGCCUUUCUUCUCGACAGAAAAUCACCAAAAAAAACAAAAAACAACAGUGCAAAAUCCGCCUGAUGAAAUAAAAAGAAUUUAUUCACUUUACAAAGGUAAAACUCUGACCAUGACCUGUUCUCUCACACACCUCCAGGCUCAAGUGCCCUAGUAAUAGCGUCUACCCAUUAUAUAGGCUUCUUUUGCAUUAUUUCAUGCACACACAUACACACCAGUAGGACCAUUUUAAAACACUUAAGCUACAUACAGUACAUAUAGGGGGCCGAAAGAGGGAGAGAAACACAAAUCUCUUUAAUAAAUACCAUACGCACACACCUAACAAAAGUUACAACUAAUCCAGCUUGUAUGAUACAAACCAAAAAUAAAGAAAUGCUUUCAUGUU